GAAGAUAUCACUCGUUCACCGAGUUCAUGGCCUUUACACCAGUCAACUAGAACAUACGAGUUAUUAUCUAUCUGUAGAUGUUAUAGUGUUAUAGUACUAUACACAAUUUGGCAUAGAAAGAUGAUUUCGGAAACCUUAACACUGGAGAAAGUUAUACAGGCUUUCGACAAGGUAAAGGCUGAAUUCGAAUUCGAUAAAGGGAGAUUAGCUGUUAUAACCACAGAUAGGUAUGAAGCUACGUACAAUAUCAUGGGUUAUCAUUUUACCCCUGACGAACCUCUCAGUAAAGCAUUUGGUGUGACAUGGGUAAAAGACUUUGAAGAUAUGGUGAAUGGUAUACUGAAACAGAACAUAUCGAUUUGCAUGAUAUCUAGGGACACAGAUGAAGUGAUGGGGGUACGUGUAAUGUCGACCAUGAGGAGGACGGACCCGCCUCUUGACUUGUCCUCAAUGAAAUAUGAAUCAUUACGAGAUCUGUUCGAGUUUUUGCACCAAAAAGACAAUGAAGUAAAGUUUUUUGAUAGGUACAGUGUUGAUGAGUGUGUACAUUUUAAUACUUUAGGUGUUCAUAAAAACUUCCGUCGGAUGGGACUUGGAGGUCGACUGAUUGGAGCGGCUGUGGCUUUGAGCAGGGAGUUAGGUUUCAAAGCAAUCACUGGUGAAGGAACCUCUAACUUCUCACAGAGGAUAUAUGAGAAAGAAGGAUUUGAAACUCUUGCUAUAUUACCAUAUGACACUUACAUGUAUAAAGGUCAACCAAUCAUAAACGCAACUGGUGAACAUAAGAUGACAAAAAUUUAUGGUUUAAAGUUAUAAAACAUGCAAUUGAUUCAAUGCAUUAAGAUUUGUAUACGAGAAUAAAACAUAUUAUAAGAACAAGCACAGACUUUCGGAACGAAGUCUCCUCAGAAACACCAAAACUGUACAGGGAUGAUCAGCACAAUGUAUUGUUGUGCAUCUCAUCAAUAUUUUUCGAUUUAAUGAUUUUUCAGAGUUAUAGCCCUUUAAUGAUUUUAAUUUUUAAAAUUUGUCCGUACUUAUAUCACUGAUACAAUUUCAAUGAAUCUUUACACGAUUGAUCGAUAGCUCAAGUACUCGAGCAUAUUGCAUUGGUUUUCCGGUUGAAGGAUUUUUAGCCAAGUUAUGGCCCUUGACUAAAAAAACAUGUUUUGUCCUAGCUGUUGAUGACUAUUUGUGUCUCCUGCUACACAGUAGCUAUAACAUGCAAUUGGCUAUCAUAAGGCGACUAUGUGAUCACUGAUCGUCCUUGUUUCUUAACAGCAAGUUAUUUACAAAAAUGAAUUGCAAGAGAUAUUUAGUUAUUGUUUCCAGAGUGAUUUCAUAAUCAUAUUAAUUAACAUGAAAACUAGUCACGAAUUUAAAUUAUUGUUGGGUUUUAUUUUAUUCAAAAAACGAAAAUAUAUGAUUGUAUGCUGAUUUUUUUAAAUUAAAUCUAUAAAUAAAAUGAUAACAUAUAUGUUUAUGUGUACUUAAAGAGACAAGUGAUUUCAAUUUGUCAAAUAUAUAGAGGAUAUUCAUGUUUUUUCCUUAAAUACACGAUUUAUUUUCAUCGAGUGGUAUGGAAAUAUAUAAAAAGUUCAUUAGUGACUCAUACCACAAGAUAAAAAUAAAUCCUGUAUUUAUUUAAAGAACUUUAAUUUUCUGUUUUGGCAUAACAAUUUGAAAGAAAUUCUUUAAAAUUGUGUGUAUGGAAUGUAGUCCGGCAAGAGAUAAGUGAAAAUACGUUUCACUACAGUGAAAAAUAAAGUUUUACAGUGAAAAAAAAAAAAAAAACAAAAAAAAAAAAAAAAAAAAACGGGAAAAAUAAUACGCAUUUUGUUUCACCAAUAUUUCAUUUAAAUUUCUAGAAUACGUAUUUGAUAUUUUCUGUAUAGCAAAGAUUAAAAAAAACAAAACAAGAGAGGAGACUCAUGAGUUUUAUAGCUUUCUACCCAAUCCCAAAAU